CCAGUGCCCCCCAGCACUUUCCCUAUACAUUACUAUAGAACAGCCAGUGCCCCCCAGCACUUUCCCUAUACAUUACUAUAGAACAGCCAGUGCCCCCUGCACUUUCCCUAUACAUUACUAUAGAACAGCCAGUGCCCCCCUGCACUUUCCCUAUACAUUACUAUAGAACAGCCAGUGCCCCCUGCACUUUCCCUAUACAUUACUAUAGAACAGCCAGUGCCCCCCUGCACUUUCCCUAUACAUUACUAUAGAACAGCCAGUGCCCCCCUGCAUUUUCCCUAUACAUUACUAUAGAACAGCCAGUGCCCCCUGCACUUUCCCUAUACAUUACUAUAGAACAGCCAGUGCCCCCCUGCACUUUCCCUAUACAUUACUAUAGAACAGCCAGUGCCCCCAGCACUUUGCCUAUAUAUUAGUAUCCAACAGCACUUUCCCUAUAAGAACAGCUAGUGAUCCCCAGCACUUUCCCUAUACAUUAGAACAGCUAGUGACCCCCAGCACUUUCCCUAUACAUUAGAACAGCCAGUGACCCCCCCCCCCAGCACUUUCCCCAUACAUUACUGUAGGACAGCCAGUGCCCCUCCCCAGCACUUUCCCUAUACAUUACUGCAGGGCAGCCAAUACAUAUACAUUACUAUAGAACACCCUUUACUUCCUGUGUUAAACACUCGCCCAUCUCAGCACCUUACCCAGUGUAACUAAUAAAAACCUAUUUACAUGGUACUUUCUUCUUGAUCUCUACUGAAAACCAGUUCUUUCCCUAUAUAUCUCUAUCAGGCACCCAGUUGUUCCAGAACAUUAUGUAUUGAUUCAUACUUCCAAGUUUCUGCACCCAGUUAUCCCACCUUAUAGAUUCUAAUAAGUUAUUUGUUGGAUCCCUUGCUUAUCAGCAGUUUUGGCACACAAUAGUUUGAGGCCAACACGUCUCUCUCAUACCUGCCCAUAAAGGAUGUACUUGUGCGCUCAGGGCUGUACAUAAUCAGUUGCCUAAAUGCACUUGUGUGUGGUCGCCAUGUUCUCCAUAGCUUUCCUUCAUGUGAAACCAUCAGCUUAAUGACAGUUGCAUUGAUAGGAUAAGUGUCAAAAUGUCAGACACCUCUGGAAACAUGAAGGACUGAGAGAAACACAAGCAAACAAAUAUUUAAAGCCCCCAAGCACUGUUUGUAAAGGGAGCGUCCAUUCAUCUUAUUCAGGAAUCCUGCUUGCGGUUACACCCAUCUCUGCCUUGGCAGGGGAAGCAUUGAAAAGCACCAUCUCAUCCACACAGCGGGGAAGAUGUGGCUGAAGCUGUUUUUCCUCCUGCUGUACUUCCUAAUCCUGUUUGUGCUGGCGAGGUUCUUUGAGACUAUUGUGUGGUACGAAACGGGCAUCUUUGCCAGCCAACUGGUGGACCCUGUGACUCUGAGCUUUCACCAGCUGAAGACCAUACUGGAGUGCAGGGGUUUGGGAUACUCGGGAUUGCCGGAGAAGAAGGAUGUCAGAGAACUGGUGGAAAAAUCAGGAGACCUGAUGGAAGGGGAGUUGUAUUCUGCCAUGAAGGAAGAAGAAGCCUCAGAGACUGUGUCCAGCACCAACUUCAGUGGGGAAAUGCACUUUUACGAGCUGGUGGAAGACACAAAAGAUGGCAUCUGGUUGGUGCAGGUCAUUGCAAAUGACAGAAGUCCCCUUGUAAGUAGGACCCACUGGGAAAAGAUGGUGAAAAAAGUAACCAAAUUCGGCAUUCGCACCGGGACCUUUAACUGCUCCAGUGAUCCACGGUACUGCAGAAAGAGAGGGUGGAUGAGAUCAACCCUCAUCAUAUCCGUGCCCCAGACCAACACGUCUAAAGGCAAAGUGAUGCUGAAGGAGUACAGUGGGCGCAAGAUAGAAACCGAGCACAUAUUUAAGUGGAUAACGGCACACGCUGCAUCACGGAUUAAAACCAUUUACAGUUCUGAGCACCUGAAAGAUGAAUGGAACAAGAGCGACCAAUACGGGGUCAAGUUGUACCUUUUCGCUAACCUUGACCAGCCUCCAGCUUUUUUCUCUGCACUCAGCGUUAAGUUUACAGGGAGAGUAGAGUUCAUAUUUGUUAAUGUUGGCGACUGGGAUAACACAAGUUGCAUGGAGGAAAUUGGCAUCUUCAGGACCCCUUCUUAUGUUCUUAAAACACCGGAGGGAAUUUACAAGUAUGGGAAUAACACGGGGGAAUACAUAUCCCUGCGCGCCAUGGAUGCGUUUUUACGGUCCCUUCAACCGGAAGUGAAUGACUUGUUUGUGCUAAGCUUAGUAUUGGUCAAUCUCAUGGCGUGGAUGGACUUGUUUAUCACCCAAGGAGCCACCAUCAAACGAUUUGUUGUCCUAAUAAGCACUUUAGGGACGUACAACUCUCUGCUGAUCAUCUCUUGGUUACCUGUGCUGGGAUUCCUGCAACUUCCUUACCUUGACAGUUUCUAUGAGUAUAGUUUAAAGCUCCUUCGCUACUCGAACACAACCACCCUGGCCUCGUGGGUGCGGGCAGAUUGGAUGUUCUACUCCUCGCACCCUGCGCUGUUUCUUGGCACUUACCUCGGCCAUGGACUGCUCAUCGAUUACUUUGAGAAGAAAAGGCGACGUAACGGCAAUGCCGACGAAGUGAAUGCCAACAAUCUGGAGUGGUUGUCCAGCCUUUGGGACUGGUACACCAGCUACCUGUUUCACCCGAUUGCUUCUCUCAACCAUUUUCCCAUGGACUCCGACUGGGAUGAAGACCCAGACCUGUUUCUUGAGAGGUUAGCGUUUCCUGAUUUAUGGCUUCAUCCUCUAAUCCCCACAGAUUACAUUAAAAAUUUACCAACAUGGCAGUUUCAGUGUCAGUGUGCUCAUUCGGAUGAAGAAUCCUUAGAAGGAUCCCAGGAGAGCGACUGCGACUCGGAAUUGGAAAACAAUAGCGGUAAACACUUUUCUGAACAGGAUAUUCCUGCCGCGUCCCACCAAGCAGAGCCAGCAUUAGAUUGCCCCGGCCAGGGAUGCUCGUGUCCCUGUAGAACACAGAAAUGCAGCCCAACUGAAAGGAAAACCAGGUCGCCAUAUGGAUCCAAAUGCACUAAGAACGACAUGGAGCCUAACUGGGCCUCGUGGCCUGGGAACAUGUUGCACUGUACAGAAUGCGUUGUUUGCUUAGAGAAUUUUGAAAAUGGCUCUUUGCUGAUGGGUUUGCCCUGCGGUCAUGUAUUUCACCAAAAUUGCAUUGUGAUGUGGCUGGCCGGAGGGAGACACUGCUGCCCCGUUUGUCGCUGGGCAUCCUAUAAAAAGAAACAUUUUGCACGUCCUCAGUCUUCUACCAGUCACCCCCCUUCCUAGCACCGUAUGUGACCGCCUGUGCGCUUUCAUUGGCUGUAGCUGUUUCCGUAUCUCGGAAACGUCAUCAAAUCGGCGUCUUAGUAAAGUCGGGCAUAUUCACAUUACGUCUGUGUUGGGAAUCCAUAUUGUUGCCUUGUGUGUUACGUGUCUAUGUAAACAGAAACAUAUUUUUUUGGUUUCCACAGAGUCUAUUGCUACUCGAGUGUAUAUUUUUCAGAUUGGUUACUUUUAAUAAUAAUCUAUUUCAAAUUACAAAAAAAAAACUGCAAGUGACAUUAUUUUGUCACACCUGCUAUAUAUACUGUACGCCUUACAGUAUUCUGAGUGGGAAGGUACGUGGGUGCCAUUUGGCUGAAUGAAGGAAUUCAUAUAAAUACUACUUGGUAGCCCAGUUUUUUAAAUGUUCUAAGGGGACCUCUCCUAAAUGUGCAAACCUUGUAAUGGAAAAAAAACACUCUUCAACUGCCCCCCAUGUAUUAGUCGCUAGUUAAUGGGGACCUGGGACUGACCAGAACAGGGUCUGAGAAGAUCAGGGGGCCCGAUCUUAUAGAAAGACAUUCCGUACAUGUGAAAGUGUACAGCAGCCCUGCACACCAGUAUGAUAA